CAAAUGCUAGACGGCAAACAGAACUGCGUGCGGAGUUCUUGUACUUAGGCUGAUGCUGGAGGAAUAACAGGUCUCUUGAAUAGCAGGCUCUCACGGGAGAAGUAGUUGAUCCAUGAAGAAGAGUCAAUUUCAAUCCGGUUCCCCUCUGCAAGUGCUGAGCUCCUUCAACUAUGAUUUCCCCAAGUCCUACGAGGAGGCGCAAAGCGAGUUCGACUCUUCCUUUGAUUCGUUCAACUCGGCGAUGAAUUGGGCGAUCGUCGCCUCUAUUAUUACUGCUGUUGUUGGGGCAGCAGCAAUGGUCGCCGUCGUGUAUUUCCUCAUCGAUUGCCUGAAGAGAGCGGGAACCGCGAUCCCAAACUAUGCCAGGAUAGCUACCGGUGACCUGGAAAAAUCCCUACAAGCCAUUCACUCUUCGCCAGCAGGGGUAAUCUCCCUCGCGCCAUCAUCUAUCUCAACCGAACACAAUCAGGAACUGCUCGAUGAGUUUACUAACUUGAUGCCGAGAAGAUUUUCUCUGGAAGAGCUGCCUUCUAUCACCAAUAAUUACGAAGAACUGCUCGGUUCCGGCGGCUACGGAGAUGUCUACAAAGGCAAGUUGCCGGACGGAACUCCAGUGGCUGUCAAACUACUCAGGAACGCCGAUGACAGUGGGACCAGGAAGCAGUUCGUGGAAGAGGUAAUAUCCAUUGGAACGACUCACCACAUAAACCUCGUCAAGCUCUAUGGCUAUUGCUUGGGCCCGCCAUGGAGGGCGCUCGUCUACGAGUACAUGGAAAAGAAGUCCCUGGACAUGUUCCUGCUCGGGGAGGAGGACAUAAAGGAGAUCGAUUGGCCGAGGAUGCACAAGAUUGCCGUGGGAGCCGCGAAGGGGAUAGCCUACUUGCAUGAGGAAUGCGAGCCCAAGAUCGUUCACUGCGACAUAAAGCCCGGGAACAUCCUCCUGGACGGGAACUUCAGCCCCAAGGUCGCGGACUUUGGGCUUGCCAAGCUCUGUAAAGAUGGUCGGAUCUCCAUAUCGGGGUUCCGCGGCACCUCCAAUUACGCCGCACCCGAGAUGCAGGAGCCGAACUCCGUGACCUACAAGUGCGACGUGUACAGCUUCGGGAUGCUUCUGCUGGAGAUCAUGGAGAGGAGGAGAGAUCACAACGCGAACCAGAGUGAGCCGCUGUCGACACUCGCACGGCAGACGUGGCACAUGCAACAGAAUAACGAGUUGUCGGAGAUGAUCUGCUGGGUUCCCGUGACAGAAAGGGAGAAGGCGGAGGAUAUGUUGACUGUGGCCUUGUUGUGCGUUCAGCAUAUGCCGGAGGCGAGGCCGGAGAUGAGCGACGUGGUGAAGAUGUUGGAAGGAGAAAAGACAUUCCGACGCCUGAAAAUCCGUUCGAGUAACUCCGAUCGGGUCCCAGAAAUGGAAGAUUCCCCUGCUUCGAAACCGUAGAGAUGGAGCUAGCUAGCUCACGGUCACAGAUAACGUUCAUGGUUAUCCUUGGCACAAAGAUAUAUGAAU